AUGAGUUCAUUUUGCAUAUGCCAGUUGCAAGUACAGUAGAUACAGAAUUGUAACGUGAAUGCUACACUUCACUGUCCCCACAGUACAUUACCACAGAUUUUUCUUCUAGCCCAGCACUUGCUAGUCAAACACUGGAUUCAACUAUAUUCAACUAGUUAGCUAGUUUAAUCAGGUGUCUUAGUGCUGGGAUAUAACAAAAAAUGUGUGCACACCCUGGGGUGGGUCCAUGGGGAAACACUGAGCUACUUGUCAACUGUGUGUGUGUGUUUCAGGCACCAUGCAGUCCAGGCGGUGGUUUGGCGGGGCUGGGUUUAGCUUUGCAGAUGACCCAGUCACGGAGACGUUGUCCCAGGCCAUCCGAGGCACAGGAGAAGAGCUGGACCGAGAGCCAGACGCCGGGGUGCUGUUUGGCAGCCUACAUGGGAGCGUGGUAGGCCUCCGGUAUUAUACCGGCGUGGUAAGUAGCUAUCUAUCUACCAAAAGGUCAAGAAAAACUCCUUGCUAAAUCCGUUAAUCUUCAAUUGUUCCAGGAGUUUGUCCUGAACACUCUUGGCUUUAGGCUGACUAACAUCUUGCUACUUUCACUUAUGUGUCACAAAUAGGCCUUUAGAAUUAAUGACCCUAUUAUGUGUGGGUAGGUGAACAAAGGGGAGAUGGUGUCUCUGGUGCGUCAGCCUCAGAACCCGUUCGACCGUAACGCGGUGAUGGUGGCAAACGUCUAUGGCAGUCAGGUGGGGCACAUCAAACGAGAGCUAGCCGCAUCGUUGGCUAACAUCAUGGACAACAACUUCGCCAGGGUGGAAGGGUGAGUGAGAGCAGGGAUGACCGUGCCCAUGGGUCCUGUCAAAGUUCAUGUAGAGGUCCAUGGAUCAGUGUUUCUAACUGAUUAGCAGCCGUGUGUGUGUACAAGCCAAGGUGAUGAGCUGUUUUGUGUGUGUGUUUAGGGUGGUGCCGUUCAGAGUGAACAACCAGUUCACCAUGCCUGUAGUUCUAUCCUUCUGGGGGAGAGAGGAGAACAGAGAUGCAGUGGUGAGGCAGCUAACUUCACGCGGAUUCAAACUGCAGACUGGGCCUACAGGUACACACACACAUGCUGACACAGGUACACUCAUAUCCUCCUCCUGGGCAAUCUCUUGUCUCACUGUGUGUGUGUGUGUGUGUCUCAGUUGGGAAAAGUAUCAUGCGUGUAGACGGUUCCAGAGAUCCGCCCAGGAAGACUGUCCUACUGACUGCAGAAGAGGUAUUAUACUUCCAACCAUCUGCUUCCCAAAUGGCUCCCUAUUUAGUGCACUACUUUUGACUGGGGGAUGUAGGGAAUAAGGUGCCAUUUUGGUCACAGACCCUAUACACUAAAACAAAUAAACUUAGGCUACAUACAGUAUAAAGAUGAACACUGAGAUAUUUAAAAUGAUGAUUACCCACAUCUGGGUUGUCGUAUCACGCCGUUUCCUUUCCUCCCCUCUCCUGCAGUUGAAGAAUGCAUUUGACAAUUUAUUUGAAAACCUGAUGGAGGAUAAGAAUGGAGAGAGGGAGGCAGCGGAGGUGAGUGCAUGUGUACUUGUACGUGUGUGUGUUUGAGAAAGAGAGGAGCGGGAGAGAGUGUGGAUAAGACAGGAAAGGAGGAGGUAGAAAUCAGAAUAGACUCAUGGCUAUUUGUGUGUGUGUGUGUGUGUGUAUCUGUCCAUCUACAGGCGGUGUGUACUCCGCUGCUGCCCCACCAGAAGCAGGCUCUGAGCUGGAUGUGUGUGUGUGAGAACAACACGGCGCUACCCCCCUUCUGGGAGGAUAAGGGGGGGCUGUUCUAUAACACACUCACACACUCCUCUGUUAGGGAGAGACCACUGAGGGUCCGGGGGGGCAUACUGGCUGACGACAUGGGACUGGUGAGACGAACACACACACUGAUUACUGACAAUGUACAGUACACAAACACACACACCCUUCCCCAUCACCACUGUGGUUUGUGUUUUCAGGGGAAAACGUUGACCACCAUCGCUCUGAUCCUCUCCAACUUCCACCACGGGAAGCCUCUGUGUGAACCGGUAAGUGUUCUGAUCUGAAGUGGGUUUCCUUCGUGGCCACUGAUUGGUGAAAGGAUUAGGUGAUAGAUUUCUCACAUCUGUUCAGAUCAGGGUUGGGGUGACUGGGUCAAUUCCAUUUUUAUUUCUCCAGUCAAUUCAGAAAGUAAACCCAAUUCCAAGUUUUCCUUCUUGAAUUGAAAUGGAAUUGACCCCAACACUAGUUCAGGUCAGCUGUCAUGAAGUGAAGACAACAGCCUCUGUGCAUGCAUCUCUGAAUGUCCUGUCAGUGACCUGUGUCUCUAUAUGUCUCUAGGAGAUGUCUUCCCCUGAGCCAAAGGCCUAUACCACCGCAAGGAAAACCCCUGAAGGUAAGUGUGUGUGCUCAGACAUUUCAGGUGCCUGCUCUCGCUCUCUCUCACUGAUGUUGAUUCUCUCUGUCUCUUGUCUGUCUGUCUCUUGUCUCUUGUCUGUGUCUCUUGCUCAGGGAAGAGUGGAGAUGGGGAUCAGGCAGAAGCGUCUGGGGCUCCCGCUGGCCACUCCCCUUGUAAGAGGUAGGUUAGAGCCUUAGCAUAUAGCUCUCUGCUUGCGUAUGUUAUCACCUCUGGUUUCUGUCAGGACAAAUUGUGUGUGUUUCAGAGCCAGUCAGGCUGUACCCCAGGUGUUGUGUGUGGACAUGGUGGAGGAGGAUGGGGACGAGGACUGGGUGCCUGAACAGAAAGGUAGAAGUCCCUAAUACACACACUACUACUGUUUGUGUGAGCACAUGCAGACUCAGCUGAACUAAUAUCUCUGUCCUUCACCACACAGCAAAGGGAAGGCCACAGGGAGGCAAAUCCAAGGCCACCCCAACAAAGAAAGGUAAAUCAGCUGUGCGUGUGAUUUUUGUCCCUGCUAAUGCCAUGUAUAUGUGGUGGUCUGUGCUGCAAUACAAUCCCAUCUGUCCUUUCAGCUGCUAAGACCAAAGGGAAAGCAGUCAGCACCUCAAAGAAAGGUAAGACAGCCGUCUUUACAAGUACUGGCAUUUAGGAUUUGAAAAAGAGUUUGUAAAAUGUCGCCUUAGGCUUUGCAUGCAAAGCUGGGUGUCACGUGUGUGUUUGUGUGUAGGGGGUGCUGUGUUGGAGGACCUGGACUUUGCAGCAGCUCUGAGUGGGUUAACACAGGGAGCUCCUCAGAAGAAGCGUGUCGGUGAGUUCAGUGGUGAAUAUAUGGUGGAUUUAUUAUAUUGCUCUGCCAUGCAGCAUUGAUAUACUGAUGGUCUGUGAGAACAUAGCUACACACAACCACACCCAUUUGAUGACUGCAUUCUUUGCUGUGUGUGUGUGUGUGUAGGGAAAGGUAAAAGUGUAGUUGCGCCGGUAGAAGCUUCCUCCUCCCAAAGCACAGACGACCCAGCAGCCAGAGCCACUCUCAUCAUCUGCCCCGUAUCAGUACUCAGCAACUGGCUGGUGAGAACACGCACACACACACACGGUCACUUUAACGCAUGCACACACACAUAGUCAGUCACUCUCACACACACACACUAACAUGUUAACUUGUGUUGUAGGACCAGUUGGAGCAGCAUGUGCGAGCGGACGUCAAGCUGAAUGUGUAUCUGUACUACGGCUCGGAACGCAACAGGGACACACACUUCCUGUCCUCACAGCACGUGGUCCUCACCACCUACAACGUGCUUGCUGCUGACCACUCGGUGGGUGGAGGGGGUGUGUGUAUUAUAGCUCUGGAUUUGGGACUGGUAAACUGCAACGCUCUCUCUCUCUGUCUCUCUCUCUGUCUCAGGGCAGUGCUAGUCCCCUCCAUGCAGUGAGCUGGCUGAGAGUGGUCUUGGACGAGGGCCAUGUUAUCAGAAACCCAAAUGCCCAGCAGAGCAAGGCCGUACUCAACCUAAACACACAGAGACGCUGGAUACUCUCAGGUACUAGCCCCACACACACACUGCUAGUGGAUAAUGUCAAGUGCUGACGUAGAACAUGUGAUAAGCCCACAGUGUCGUUUGUGUCCAGGCACUCCCAUCCAGAACAACCUGAGGGAUCUGUGGAUGCUGGUGGCGUUUCUGCGUCUGAAGCCGUUUGACGUCAGAGAGUGGUGGAACAGAGUCAUACAGAGACCUGUCACACAGGGGGACAAGACCGGCCUGCAGUCAGUACACACACAUAUUGUCAAUAACAGCGAGAGAGUCGUUCACAGAGUCAUGCUAGCUUGACUGACUGGCUGGCUCGUGGUUUUUAGAGCCCUCCUGCUAAAGUGGCAACAACUGAUCUUGACUUCAGCAUCUCACAUUUGUAACAAUGGCUGACACAACUCAAAUGUGUGUGUUUGACCCGCCGUGUGUGUGUAGGAACCUGCAGGCGCUAGUGAAAUGUAUCACGCUGCGUCGUACGAAGACCAGCCGUGUGUGUGGUCGGCCUCUGGUCUCUCUGCCAGAGAGGAGCGUCAGAAUAGAGGAAGUGGAGCUGACACAGAAGGAGAGGGAGGAAUACGAGCUGGCACGCACAGAGGGACGCACCACCAUUAGCAGGUGUGUGAUUGUGGCCGUGUGUGUUUUACCUGUGUGUGGCCGUGUGUGUUUUACCUGUGUGUGUGUGUGUGGCCGUGUGUGUUUUACCUGUGUGUGUGUGUGUAUAGGUACGUUGCAGAGGGGACCGUCCUCAGGAACUAUGCAGAUGUUCUGGCUAUCCUGGUCAGGCUGAGACAGUUCUGCUGCCAUCCUGACCUACUGGGCAAGACAACUACAUACACAGGUAACACGCAUAUAUGGGGAAAGCUAUUGUAACUUUUAUAACUGAUUGUUUUGCUGGUAUUUUGAAUAACCCACAUGCAUACAUUUCUAAUGAACCCCGUCCCUGACACCCCUCUUUCUCUCCCCCCCUCUCCAGGUGUGGUAGCUGUGACUCCUGCAGAGUUGAGAGAGCGUCUGAUAGUGAAGCUGAGGCUGGUGCUGGGCACUGGCUCUGAUGAGGAGUGUGCUGUGUGUCUGGACUCUGUCCGUCUGCCCGUCAUCACACACUGUGCACACGUCUACUGCAGACCCUGCAUCGCAGAAGUCAUACGCAGCGAGCAGGUAGCUAACUACACACACGCCAUGUCUCUCUCUCUCUCUUUCCAUUGAUGCAGGCAUUGCCCAGGGGCACUUAUUGUCUGUGUGUGUGUAGGAGCAGGCGCGGUGCCCCCUGUGCAGAAGCCAGAUCAAGGCCAGUGAGCUGGUGGAGUUUCCUCAGGAGGAAGAGGAGGAGGAGAGCAACCUCUUGGAGAACUGGAGGAGCAGCUCCAAGGUAACACACACACACACACACACCUGGAGAACCACUUUUAAGGUUACACACACAUUUGGACAUCUGGGGUAUAUUCAUUUGUGCAAACUGUAGCAAAAUGUUUAUUGGAAACGUUCAGGUAGUCCCUCCCUGUUUGGGUCUGUUUGAUUCCUACUGAAUACCACCCUGUAGAAAGUUGUCGUGCCUAUAAUUUUUGUUAUGUGUGUGUAUAUUACUGUAUGUUAUAUACACUACCGUUCAAAAGUUUGGGGUCACUUAGAAAUGUCCUUGUUUUUGAAAGGAAAGCAAUUUUUUUGUCCAUUAAAAUAACAUCAAAUUGAUCAGAAAUAAAGUGUAGACAUUGUUAAUGUUGUAAAUGGCUAUUGUAGCUGGAAAUGACAGAUUUUUAAUGGAAUAUCUACAGUGGGGAGAACAAGUAUUUGAUACACUGACGAUUUUGCAGGUUUUCCUACUUACAAAGCAUGUAGAGGUCUGUAAUUUUUAUCAUAGGUACACUUCAACUGUGAGAGACAGAAUGUAAAACAAAAAUCCAGAAAAUCACAUUGUAUGAUUUUUAAGUAAUUAAUUUGUGUUUUAUUGCAUGACAUAAGUAUUUGAUCACCUACCAACCAGUAAGAAUUCCGGCUCUCACAGACCUGUUAGUUUUUCUUUAAGAAGCCCUCCUGUUCUCCACUCAUUACCUGUAUUAACUGCACCUGUUUGAACUCGUUACCUGUAUAAAAACACCUGUCCACACACUCAAUCAAACAGACUCCAACCUCUCCACAAUGGCCAAGACCAGAGAGCUGUGUAAGGACAUCAGGGAUAAAAUUGUAGACCUGCACAAGGCUGGGAUGGGCUACAGGACAAUAGGCAAGCAGCUUGGUGAGAAGGCAACAACUGUUGGCGCAAUUAUUAGAAAAUGGAAGAAGUUCAAGAUGACGGUCAAUCACCCCCGGUCUGGGGUUCCAUGCAAGAUCUCACCUCGUGGGGCAUCAAUGAUCAUGAGGAAGGUGAGGGAUCAGCCCAGAACAACACGGCAGGACCUGGUCAAUGACCUGAAGAGAGCUGGGACCACAGUCUCAAAGAAAACCAUUAGUAACACACUACGCCGUCAUGGAUUAAAAUCCUGCAGCAUACGCAAGGGGGACAAGACCACACUGCUCAAGCCAGCGCAUGUCCAGGCCCGUCUGAAGUUUGCCAAUGACCAUCUGGAUGAUCCAGAGGAGGAAUGGGAGAAGGUCAUGUGGUCUGAUGAGACAAAAAUAGAGCUUUUUGGUCUAAACUCCACUCGUUGUGUUUGGAGGAAGAAGAAGGAUGAGUACAACCCCAAGAACACCAUCCCAACCAUGAAGCAUGGAGGUGGAAACAUCAUUCUUUGGGGGAUGCUUUUCUGCAAAGGGGACAGGACGACUGCACCGUAUUGAGGGGAGGAUGGAUGGGGCCAUGUAUCGCGAGAUCUUGGCCAACAACCUCCUUCCCUCAGUAAGAGCAUUGAAGAUGUGUCGUGGCUGGGUCAUCCAGCAUGACAACAACCCGAAACAGACAGCCAGGGCAACUGAGUGGCUCCGUAAGAAGCAUCUCAAGGUCCUGGAGUGGCCUAGCCAGUCUCCAGACCUGAACCCAAUAGAAAAUCUUUGGAGGGAGCUUCAAGUCCGUAUUGCCCAGCGACAGCCCCGAAACCUGAUGGAUCUGGAGAAGGUCUGUAUGGAGGAGUGGGCCAAAAUCCCUGCUGCAGUGUGUGCAAACCUGGUCAAGACCUACAGGAAACGUAUGAUCUCUGUAAUUGCAAACAAAGGUUUCUGUACCAAAUAUUAAGUUCUGCUUUUCUGAUGUAUCAAAUACUUAUGUCAUGCAAUAAAAUGCAAAUUAAUUACUUAAAAAUCAUACAAUGUGAUUUUCUGGAUUUUUGUUUUAGAUUCUGUCUCUCACAGUUGAAGUGUACCUAUUAUAAAAAUUACAGACCUCUACAUGCUUUGUAAGUAGGAAAACCUGCAAAAUCGGCAGUGUAUCAAAUACUUGUUCUCCCCACUGUACAUAGGCGUACAGAGGCCCAUUAUCAGCAACCAUCAGUCCUGUGUUCCAAUGGCACGUUGUGUUUGCUAAUCCAAGUUUAUCAUUUUAAAAGGCUAAUUGAUCAUUAGAAAACCCUUUUGCAAUUGUUAGCACAGCUGAAAACUGCCAGUUUUAUAGCUUAUUUAAUCAGCACAACAGCUUUUAGCUGUGCUAACUAAUGAUCAAUUAGCCUUUUAAAAUGAUAAACUUGGAUUAGCAAACACAACGUGCCAUUCGAACACAGGACUGAUGGUUGCUGAUAAUGGGCCUCUGUACGCCUAUGUAGAUAUUCCAUUAAAAAUCUGCCGUUUCCAGCUACAAUAGCCAUUUACAACAUUAACAAUGUCUACACUGUAUUUCUGAUCAAUUUGAUGUUAUUUUAAUGGACAAAAUAAUUGCUUUUCUUUCGAAAACAAGGACAUUUCUAAGUGACCCCAAACUUCUGAACGGUAGUGUAUAUUACUGUAUGUUCAUAGAAUCCGUACUCCUGGCGAAUGGUUUCAUGUGAGAUAAGAUUUGAUGGCUUCUAGCUACUGUAAUGCACAGCCUGAUCAACAAACGGUGUGUGUAGGUGGAUGCUCUAAUGUCUAGUCUGCUCAGACUGCGCAGUGAGGACGACAGCAUCAGGAGUCUGGUUGUCUCUCAGUUCACACGCUUCCUCACUCUACUGGAGAUCCCACUCAGGUAACACACACACACACACACACACAUACACACACACACACACACACACACACACACACACAGAACACAUUUUUUAUAUUUUAAUCCGGAUCACUCACACUCUCUGUCUCUCUCUCUCUGCCUCUAGGGAGGAAGGUUUCAAGUUUGUGCGUCUGGACGGCACUAUGAGCCAGAAGAGGCGGGCUCAGGUCAUCCAGGAGUUCCAGAGUGACGCCCCUGGCAGCCCAUUGAUCAUGCUGCUGUCACUCAAAUCUGGAGGGGUGGGGAUAAACCUCAGCGCUGCCUCCCGUGUCUUCCUCAUGGACCCAGUGAGUGUGUCAUCUGUUUAGCAAUCUACACUUUCCUCACACACAGACAUACACCUACACACUCUGACAUUUGUAUGUGUGUCUACAGGCAUGGAACCCAGCAGCAGAGGACCAGUGUGUGGAUCGGUGUCACCGCCUCGGCCAGAAGAGAGACGUUGUCAUCACUAAGGUCAGAGGUUACAGGGCUGCGGGUUGUGGGUAAUGUAGUCACUACGGUAUAUAGUUUUGGUGUGUAGUUUUAUAAUGGACACAGAGGCAGAAGCAGUGUGUGUGUGUGUACAUGCAAAUAUUUAUUGUGUGUGUGUAGUUCAUAGUGAAGGGCUCCGUGGAGGAGAACAUGGUGAAGAUUCAGAGGCAGAAGCAGGAUCUGGUGGAGAAGGCUUUUGGCACCAAGAACCCCAGUGAGAGGAAGACGUCGCGUGUUGAUGAAAUCCGAGCCCUGAUGGAGCUGUAGACGCAAGCACCAAAAACAGCACUACUUUUGAACAGAGCCCUAUCGGGCAGGCCGACGUGGCAGUUGACAACCUCCGUUAUUAUCCAUUACGUUUAGAGGGAAUGUUCUGCCAGCUGUGGGACCAAACACACACACAAUGCCCAUAGUUUAGAGCAGUUGUUCCUGAUACUGCAUAUGUGGGAAUAAAGUUUCUGUAAUAAAC